AUGGUCCGGGAGCGGCACCCGCGCCCCGACGGCCCCGGCCCCAUGGGAACCGGCCCGGUGCUGCCGGGAGCGGCGGGGCCGCAGCGCCUCCUGGCGGCUCGGAUGGGCACUGCACCCUGGCACGGCAGGGCCAGCUUGGUCUCUGUCAGGAGCCACAUUCCCGGCCAGAAGAGCCACUACUGGCGGCAAGGAGCCUGCGCCCACCUGUCCGGAACCCUGCACCUCCUUACCGCCACGCGGCCGCCGCUAGGAACAGCCUCCCGCACACUCUCCUGGCUUCACCGCAGGCGGAACGUGCCAUGUGCGCGCGGGGGGGCGCGGGGCGGGACCGCAGCGCCGCCGGAAGCUCCGCCGGGCGCCCCGCGGUGGCUCCGCCCUUCGGCCCAGGCCCGGGAAGGAAGUGGCUCCGGCCGCCCGGAGGGAGCAGCCUGUCCUGGAGGGGCCUCCGCAGAGCGGGGCGAGAUGCGGCGCUGGCUCUGGAGGAGGUCGGUGAGCCCCGCAGCCCCGGGCGCCAAGCCCCGGCGAUGCACCUCCAGCUCCUCUGCCCGCCGCCCGCUGCCCCAGGGCCCGGGCCAGGAGCCGGCCAAGGGCCAGCAGCGCGUGAACCCCCUCAACAUCCAGAUGCUGUCCAGGACCCUCCACGAGCAGAUCUUCCGGGGGGCCCAGGCACAAUACUCGGAGGCGCAGAUCCAGCGGAGCGUGGAGCACCUGCAGCACCACGACCUGUGGGGCAAGGAGACCUCCACGCUGCCCGACGUGGACCUGCAGCUGCCCCGCAUGUACGGGGACAACAUCGAUGAACAUUUUCGGCUCCUGGCACAGAAGCAGAGCUUGCCCUACCUGGAGGCAGCCAACGAGCUGCUGCAGUGUGAGCUGCCCCCCAUGCCUGCCGAGUGGGCUUGGCAGCUGGGCUGGACCCGCUACGGCCCCGAGGGGCAGGCAGAAGCCAUCAGCUUUCCCAAGGAGCGGGCGGUGGUGUUGGACGUGGAGGUGUGCGUGGCCGAUGGCCACUGCCCAACGCUGGCCGUGGCCGUCUCGCCACACGCCUGGUACUCGUGGUGCAGCAAGCGGCUGCUGAAGCAGCGGUAUUCCUGGUCCAGCCACCUCACCCUGGCUGACCUCAUUCCCUUGGAGAGCCCAGCAGGUGCCAGCUGUGCCAGCAGCCAGGAGUGGCCAGAGAGAGUGGUGGUGGGACACAAUGUGGCCUUCGACCGGGCAUUCAUCAAGGAGCAGUACCUCAUCCAGGGCUCCAAGAUGCGUUUCCUGGACACCAUGAGCAUGCACAUGGCCAUCUCGGGGCUGACGGGCUUCCAGCGCAGCCUCUGGAUGGCUGCCAAGCAGGGCAAGAGGAAGGGACUGCAGCAGGUCAAGGAGCACAUGAAGAAGACACGCACCAAAACAGAGGGGCCGGCUAUCACCUCGUGGGACUGGGUGCACGUCAGCAGCAUCAACAACCUGGCCGACGUGCACGCGCUGUACGUCGGGGGCGAGCCCCUGGAGAAGGAGGCGCGGGAGCUCUUUGUGAAGGGGACCAUGGCUGACAUCAGGAGUCACUUCCAGGACCUGAUGUCAUACUGUGCCCGUGAUGUCCAGGCCACCCAUGAGGUGUUCCAGGAGCAGCUGCCACUCUUCAUGGAGAGGUGCCCCCACCCUGUGACAUUUGCAGGGAUGCUGGAGAUGGGGGUGUCCUACCUGCCAGUCAAUGGAAACUGGAAGAGAUACCUGGAUGAUGCUCAGGACAUCUAUGAGGAGCUGCAGAAGGAGAUGAAGAAGUCCCUAAUGAACCUGGCCAAUGAUGCCUGCCAGCUGCUGCAUGAGGACAGGUACAAGGAUGACCCCUGGCUGUGGGAUCUUGAGUGGGAUACGCAGGAGUUUAAACAGAAGAAGAAUCCACGGAAGAAGAAGAAGGAUCAGGAUGGGAACAGCAAAGUCUCUGCAGUGGUGGCAGGCACAGAUGAGUCCAUGCAGGAGUGGCAGGAAGACCCUGGUCCCCCCAGUGAGGAGGAGGAGCGGAAAGCCCCUGCGAGCCAGGUCUGCUUGGAGCGUCUGAAGGAGACUGUCACGCUGCAACCCAAGAGACUCCAGCACCUGCCAGGCCACCCAGGCUGGUACCGCAAGCUGUGCCCACGCCUGGAGGAUGUGGGGUGGGUGCCAGGACCCAGCCUCAUCAGCCUGCAGAUGAGGGUGACCCCGAAGCUGAUGCGCCUGGCCUGGGAUGGCUUCCCCCUCCAUUACUCAGAUAAGCAUGGCUGGGGCUACCUGGUGCCGGGGAGGCAGGACAAUUUGCUGGCAGCCCCCUCAGAGGCAGAGGGCCCUUCCUGCCCACACAGGGUGAUCGAGUACCUGUACAGGCAGCACUGCCUGGAGAAGGGCAAGGAACAGCCGGCGGGGCUGGAGGCUGCUGUGGAGCACGAGCUGCUGGUGAUGGACAGCAGCACCAUGUGGCAGGAGGUGGAAGAGCUGAGCCAGCUGGAGGUGGAUGUGGAGGAGAAAAUGGGCAGAACAGAUCAGGAUCUGGAGCAGGAGGAGUUGGACGAGCAUUUCGAACUGAUGCAGGAUGCAAAGAGCCAGCCCUCACACCACCACGGGAAUGGUCCCUACAAUGAUGUCAAUGUCCCUGGGUGCUGGUUCUUCAAGCUGCCUCACAAGGAUGGGAAUGAGAACAACGUGGGAAGCCCUUUUGCCAAGGAUUUCCUGCCCCGGAUGGAGGAUGGGACCCUGCGAGCUGCCGUGGGCCGCACCCACGGGACCAGAGCCCUGGAGAUCAACAAAAUGAUCUCGUUUUGGAGGAAUGCUCACAAGAGGAUCAGUUCCCAGAUGGUGGUGUGGCUGAAGAAGGGGGAGCUACCUCGCGUGGUCACCAGGCACCCCGACUAUAACGAGGAGGACAGUUACGGAGCCAUCCUGCCGCAGGUGGUGACCGCGGGCACCAUCACCCGCCGGGCGGUGGAGCCCACGUGGCUGACGGCCAGCAAUGCCCGGGCCGACCGGGUGGGCAGCGAGUUGAAAGCCAUGGUCCAGGUGCCACCUGGCUACUCCCUGGUGGGUGCAGACGUGGAUUCCCAGGAGCUCUGGAUAGCCGCCAUCCUGGGCGAGGCGCACUUUGCCGGCAUGCACGGCUGCACGGCCUUCGGGUGGAUGACGCUGCAGGGGAAGAAGAGCAACGCCACAGACCUGCACAGCAAGACGGCCGCCACCGUGGGCAUCAGCCGGGAACACGCCAAGGUCUUCAACUACGGGCGCAUCUACGGGGCCGGGCAGCCCUUUGCUGAGCGGCUGCUGAUGCAGUUCAACCACCGGCUGACCCCGCAGCAGGCGCGCGAGAAGGCCCAGCAGAUGUACGCUGUCACCAAGGGCAUCCGGAGGUUUCAUCUCUCCGAGGAGGGCGAGUGGUUGGUGAAGAAGUUGGACCUGGCUGUGGACAGGGCGGAGGAUGGAACCGUGUCGGCCCAGGAUGUCCAGCGGCUCCAGAGAGAAGCUGUGAAAAGGUCCCAGAGGAAGACAAAAAUGAAGUGGAAUGUGGUGGAGAACAGAGUGUGGGUUGGAGGCACCGAGUCCGAGAUGUUCAACAAGCUGGAGAGCAUUGCCUUAUCCCCCACGCCGCAGACCCCUGUGCUGGGCUGUCACAUCAGCAGGGCCCUGGAGCCUGCUGUGGCCAAGGGGGAGUUUCUGACCAGCAGAGUGAACUGGGUGGUGCAGAGCUCAGCUGUUGACUACCUGCACCUCAUGCUGGUCGCCAUGAAGUGGCUCUUCGAGGAGUUUGACAUCAACGGGCGCUUCUGCAUCAGCAUCCAUGACGAGGUGCGCUACCUGGUCCAGCAGCAGGAUCGUUACCGGGCAGCCCUGGCCCUGCAGAUCACCAACCUCCUGACACGGUGCAUGUUUGCUUACAAACUGGGCCUCCAGGAUUUGCCACAGUCAGUGGCUUUCUUCAGUGCCGUGGAUGUUGACCAGUGCUUAAGGAAGGAGGUCACCAUGAACUGUGUGACACCAUCAAAUCCAACUGGCAUGGAGAAGAAAUACGGCAUCCCUCAGGGAGAAGCACUGGAUAUAUAUCAGCUAAUUGAAAUAACCAAAGGUUCUCUGGAGAAGAAAUGAUGAUGCCACAGUGCCAGAAGGACAACUGUCCGGAGCCACAGCAGAACCUGGCUGGCCUUUUGGAAGAUUUGUUGGCAGGGACUGAUCCUGGUCACUCCAUUUCCUUUUUGCUGUCAUGAGGGCUGGUCCUGGGGAAGAAGACUUCCAACAGCAGCACAUUCCCAUCGCAGAGGUGCUUCCCAGGUCAGCAGCCAGCUGUAAAACCUGAGACAGUGGCCCGAGUCACUGCUGGCACACCCGUGAACACAAAGGAAGAAGUCAUAACUCUUUGGCAAGAGAACAACAAACCCUGGUCUCCAAACACACAGGUCUCCAAGGCGAGUCUGCCACAGAGCAAGCACGGGGGGAGGAGGCAGCAGCAGCAACUCCAGGUUCAUUUUUUUCGCUGUCUCUUCUUUUUAGGUUCCUGGUUCUCAUCUGUCUGCUCUGCUGUGCUGCUCUGGAGAGGGGAGGGAGAGAGUAGCAGUGCAAAGUGUGAUUGUUUUUGUGUCAUUAGUCUAAAGAACAUUUGCCUAGAGCAAGAAACCAGGUGUGCAGAACAGGAUUUAGCUCAUUUUCCUCCCUAGCAAAAUUACCUGAAUGUGGGACUUUCCUUGCGGACCCCCCCAAAUUCAUACUGGAACAGACCACAGGUUAUCAGUGGCACAGGCCAGGAACUGUUUGUGCUGGGGUUUGGCUUGUUGAAACACUCAGGAAAAUAUGGACAGAAGCACCAAUAAAAACCUGGACAAUCAGCAAAGUAAA